UCUAGUUUAACCAUUUAUCCACUUUCCCAGUCCAAAACAUAUUUUGAAAUUAUUUAUGAGGAUCAAAAUAUUAUGCUGGUUCUCAAAGAGCACGGAAUAACCAUGCCUAGUCUAGACAAUGCUGUCCGAAAUUACCUAGUUGAAAAAAAUCCGGCCGAAUAUCAGAGACAAAUAGCGAAUUUUUUCAUUUUGACGGCCGCACACCGGCUGGAUAAACUAACUAAAGGAAUAGUCAUUUAUCCGAAAAAUCCCUCUACAAAGAGGGUGUUAUAUCAGGCGAUUGCUGACAAGAAUAAGAUAACCAAAAAGUAUUUAGCGGUAUGUGAAAAAAGACCUAAAAAAAUAUUGCCUAGUUAUAUUAGCGGUUAUUUAAGCAAAAACAGUUCGGAGCAGAAAAUGGAAUUUUCUCGGGAACCAACCAAUUCCCAAGCCAAAUUUUGUGCUUUAGAAGUGAGAAAAGUUGACACUAAGAACAAUUAUCAAACUUUAGAAAUUACUUUACACACAGGGAGAAAACACCAAAUUCGCAGCAUUUUGUCCUAUUUUUGUUUGCCAAUUGUUGGUGAUAAAAAAUACGGCAGUAAAAUAGAUUUAAAAGAUAAAAUUUACUUGUUAGCCUACAAAAUAUUAUUUGUCAAUUUGCCAGCACCGCUUGCUUAUUUAAACGGCAAAGAGUUUCAAAUUUCGGAUUAG